AUGGACGACGAGAAGCUCAAGGCCGAGAAGAUGGCCGCGGCCAAGAAGAAGUUCGAGCAAAUGAGGAAAGCAAAGGCCAAGAAGGCCGCCGCCGGCGGUAGCAGCAGCGGCAAGAAGGGCGAGGCCGCUGCCACCACGGCCACCACCGCCACCGAAGAAGCCCCCUCUUCCCCAGCCACAGACGCCGUCUCUGAGAAGCAAGACGAGGAUCAACAACAACAGCCACAAGAACAAGAACAACACCAGGACCAAGACAAGCCCACCGAGGAAUUCCCUCCAGCUGCCGAACCCGAGGCGAAAGAAGCAGCCGCCGCCCCCACCACCUCCUCAUCCGGCGGCACCACGCCCUCGCUAGCGCAGCAGUCCAAGGCGCGCUCGACCUCCUUCAGACAGGGGUCUGUCUCCCUGUCCACCGGCGGGGGCCCUCUGUCGCCCGGCCUGGGCGUGCUGAGCCCCGAGGGCGAGACGGCGCCGGAUAUCUACCGGAAGCACGUGCUGCGGAUCGAGGAGCUGGAGAGGGAGAACAGGGCGCUGGCAAAGGAGGCUAGGGACGCGGAGAAGCGGUGGCAGAAGGCCGAGGCCGAGUUGGCGGACUUGAGGGAAGGUGAAGGGGGGCAUGGUGGUGCGGGGCUGGGGGAGGGGGAGGUUGGGAAGUUGAAAAACGAGCUCGCCGCGCUGCAGCGCCAAAAUGCCCAGCUGCAGGCCCAGCUCGCCCGCCGGCACGGCUCGUCCCCAUCCAUCUCCAUGUCCACCGCGCCCGCGACCAGCACCGAGCUCGAGGCCCAACUGCGCAGCAAGUCCGCCACCAUCGAAACCAUGUCCCUCGAGAUGUCGCGCCUGCGCGCGCAGGUCGAGCGCCUGUCCGUCUCGGCGUCCGCGCCGUCGGAGCAGAUCGCCGCGCUGGAGGAGAAGCUCGCGCGGGCGGACAAGACGGCGCAGCGCGCGCAGCGCGAGCUGCACGACCUCAAGCUCGAGCUCGAGCAGGCGUCCAAGCGGGCCGUCAAGGAGGGCUCCGAGCGCGCGUCGGCCGAGACCAAGCUGCGCGCGCUCGAGCGCGAGGCCGCCGCCGCCGCCGCCGCCCGCGACGAGCUGGCCCGCCGCGCCGACGCGCUCGAGAAGAAGGUCGCCACGCUGACCACGCUGCACCGCGAGCAGGACGGCCGGUCGCAGGCGCUGCGGCGGGAGAAGGAGCGCCUCGAGAAGGAGCUCGGCGAGCUGCGGGAGAAGGUGGACCGCGUGGAGGCCGAGAACGCGCGGCUGCGCAAGCGGGAUGCCGCGGAGGGCGGCGGCGACGAUGACGGCGUGGACGAGCUGGUGGAGGAGGAGCGCUUGCGGCUCGAGAGGAGGGUGCGCGAGCUCGAGGCCGAGAACACUGAUCUGAGGAGGGGCAUCUGGCAUGAGAAGCGGAAAGAGAUGCAGCUUGGCCCCGACGAGGCCUCGGCGGCCGCAGGGAUCGGCCGGUUCGAGACGGUGGAUCUCGGCGGCGGCGGUGGUGGUGGCGGUGGUGGUGGCGGCGGCGUGCUAUUUUCGUCGGCGCGGAAGGGGCAUGCUGGCGGAGGUGGCGGGUUGAGCGAUUUCCUUGCCAGCGGGCUGAACGCGCUCACGGGUGCGGCUGGCGGCGGCGCGGGGCAUGCGCAGUAUGAUGACCUGCUGGAGGACGACGACAUGGAGUUUGACGAGGAGGCGUUCCGGCGGGCGCGCGAGGAGGAGCAGAAGAAGCGGAUCGAGCGGAUCAAGGAGAUCAAGCGGUCGCUGAAGAAUUGGGAGGGGUGGAGGCUGGAUCUGGUCGAGAACCGGCGCGGCGGCGGCGAGGGGAUUGGGGAGAUCUUUGAGGUUUGA